AAAAGGGAAAAGGAAUCGCGCGAGAAAAAAGAUUUAUACUGCCUCCCGCUUGCUCGCUCGGCAAGGUCCGAUGCCGCUACCGAACGAGUCACGUGAUUCAUCUCUGCGUUUGUGAUGUUUGUGUUGCCUUACGGGUUUCCCUAUCGGAAUCCUUAAUCUUCAGGCCGUAAAACGGAAAACAGACAGCACACACACAGGUAGGCGGGAAACAGCUGGGGCCCCCACAAAAAAUGUUACACCCCACCAUGCCGAUGAUUGUACCCCUCCGUCGAUUUUUCCAUGAGGAGAUACCGUUUGUGAAUGACAAUCCAGUAAUUAAGGUUGCCAUUUACCAAUAUAAAUACUACUACGCCAUUUAGUUGACAGUGGUGGAUCUAUCAUCUCAAAAUGGGAAAGACAGCGAUUAUCUCCGUCUACGACAAGACGGGUCUUCUUGACUUGGCCAAGGGAUUGAUCAAGCAGAAUGUUCGUCUUCUGGCGUCUGGCGGAACGGCCAAGAUGAUCAGAGAGUCUGGCUUCGCAGUUGAAGAUGUGUCGGCCAUUACGCACGCACCCGAGAUGCUCGCUGGCCGCGUCAAGACGCUGCACCCAGCUGUCCACGCCGGUAUCCUGGCUCGCGACCUUGCCUCCGACGAGAAGGACCUUGCCGACCAGAACAUCAACAAGGUCGACUAUGUCAUCUGCAACCUCUACCCCUUCAAGGACACCGUCGCCAAGAUCAACGUCACCGUCCCCGAAGCCGUCGAGGAGAUCGAUAUCGGAGGUGUAACUCUCAUCCGCGCCGCCGCCAAGAACCACACCCGCGUCACCAUCCUCAGCGACCCAUCUGACUACCCCUCCUUCCUCGAGGAGCUCGAGAAGGGCGAGAUCAAGGAGCAGAGCAGACAGAUGUACGCCCUCAAGGCAUUCGGCCACACUGCCGACUAUGACGCUGCGAUAUCGGACUUCUUCCGCAAGCAAUACGCCGCCAACGGCGUCCAGCAGCUCGCUCUCCGCUACGGCGCCAACCCCCACCAGAAGCCCGCCGCUGCAUACGUCAAGGAGGGCCAGCUCCCAUUCAAGGUCCUCUGCGGCGCCCCAGGUUACAUCAACCUCCUUGAUGCCCUGAACGCCUGGCCUCUGGUCAAGGAGCUCAAGGAGGCUCUUGGCCACCCCGCCGCCGCAAGCUUCAAGCACGUCUCCCCCGCCGGAGCCGCCAUCGCCGUCCCCCUCACUGCCGAGGAGCGCAAGGUCUACUUCGUCGACGACAUUGAGGGCCUCGAGAACUCUCCCCUCGCCCAAGCCUACGCCCGCGCCCGCGGCGCCGACCGCAUGUCCUCCUUCGGCGACAUGAUCGCCCUCAGCGACAUCGUCGACGUUCCCACCGCCAAGAUCAUCUCCCGCGAAGUUUCCGACGGAGUGAUUGCCCCAGGCUACGAGGACGCCGCCCUCGAGAUCCUCAAGAAGAAGAAGGGCGGCCGCUACCUCGUCCUCCAGAUCGACCCGGAGUACGUGCCUAACCCCCAAGAGACCCGCACCGUCUACGGUAUCACCAUGGCCCAGCACCGCAACGACGUCGUCAUCUCCCCCGCUUCCUUCUCCUCCAUCAUCACCCCCAAGGAGGGCGCUGCGCUCUCGGACUCCGCGCUCCGUGAUCUUACCGUCGCUACCAUCGCGCUCAAGUACACUCAGUCCAACUCCGUGUGCUACGCGCUUAACGGUCAGGUCGUCGGUCUCGGUGCCGGUCAACAGAGUCGCAUCCACUGCACGCGUCUCGCUGGUGACAAGGCGGACAACUGGUGGUUGCGUUUCAGCCCCCGUGUGCUGGAGAUCAAGUGGAAGAAGGGCUCCAAGCGCGCUGACAAGAGCAAUGCUAUCGACCUGCUCGUGAGCGGGGAGCUGCCCAAGGAGGGCGCCGAGAGGGAGCUCUACGAGGCGAUGUUCGAGGAGGUGCCGAAGGAGUUUACCGAUGAGGAGAGGAGGGAGUGGUUGGGCAAGCUUAAGGGCGUUGCGUGCUCCAGUGAUGCAUUUUUCCCAUUCAUCGACAACGUCUUCCGCGCCAGCCGCUCGGGAGUCUCGUACAUCGCCGCACCGACUGGAAGCCAGAACGACAGCGCCGUCAUGGAGACGGCGGAGAAGCUGGGCAUUACGUUUGUCGAGCAGAGCAUCCGCCUGUUCCACCACUAGAUGUGGGUGGAUGGGAUACCUAAAAGGGGUAGGUAGUCUGGGGAUGGAAAGAGGGGGGGCGUAAAAGCGCAGGGAGAGAUACCUUGCUGGACUUAGAUAAUUAAGUGUAGCAUGAAUGGAAAUGGUUCAACAUCUGUUGUGGAUUACGUGGUGGUGGUGGUUUGUGAGGCGGGGGUAGACAUGUGAUUUGAGUGGCUCUGAUGGUAGGAAUCGAUCACAG